ACCAUCGAAAUGUCGUGAAAGUCGAAACAGUUACGCAAACGAAAUGUUUCAUUAUACUUUACCAUGUCCGCUAAAUCGAUUAGGGAAGCUUUAGGGCUUUUCUUCAGAAAUGAACAAGAAAUAGAGUUUUGGAGCUUUGGGGUAAAUUUGGAACAAAAAUAUCCAAGUUAUUUUUAUCUUUAACCAAACAGUAUCAUCCGGCGCUUCGGUGGCCGGGGAGUAGCAUUGCCUGUCUUUCAUGCGGCAGGACCGGGUUUCGAAUCCAGUUCGCAUCGUCGUUAUGCCAAAAUCUACCAAUAUAUUUAUACAAUUUAACUGGUAUGGCACGAUUUGAACCAUUUUCAAUUCAAAAACACCUCUUAACGUUUGGAAUAAAACGUAUUCCUCACAAGACACAAAAAAUGGUAGAAAAUGUUGCGCAGUCGCAACGAGGGAAAACGGAGUUACACGCUUGUUGCAAAGAAAACAUUCAUCAAAUGUCAGCAAAAGCUUGUUUGUAAGAAACACAACAUUUCAUAACUUUAGCUUAGCUGUGCCUCAAACUUUUCGUAUACACACACACACACACAAAGAUAUUCGAAGGACAACAGUGGUGCGUGGAGUUUUUCCCGUUGCAGUACCGAUACGGCCGUAAAAAUGCUGCUAAAAGAAAUAGCUAGGUUUUCGUUGCAACAUCGAACGCUGUACUGCUACCUGAUAUUGAGCAUUUGGAUAUUUUUGCUAAUCGCAGGCAUGUACAAAUACAUCGGUUCGAUAGAGAACGGAAACAAUCUGUUGAGUGCGAAGAGUUUUGGGUAUCGCAAGACGGAAUCGUAUCUGGUGGAAGAAGGGGAUCCGGCUGGCCGACAUACAACUAAGGAGAUCAACCAAACCGACUGUACGCACCCUUUUGCGAUUGUAACGGGCGAGGAAGGUGGCUCGCUGGAGGGUUGGACGCUGCAGGGUGUAUUGCUGCUGAUACGUCAUGGAGAUCGGGGACCAAUGGCACAUGUGCGAGGCAUCGGCGAGGUUGACUGUGGAUACGAAAACGACCCGACUCUGUCAAGAUACAUCAACUUCCUGCAGAAUACCACGACGAGCAGCACUACCGGUGGGCACUGGAUGAAAACGGGCCCUUUUCAUGGGUUUCCAUUACUGCCGGCAGCGGCCAAGGUAUGCCUGUUGGCACAGCUAACUCAGAAAGGAAUUGCACAGAUGCUGCACGUUGGUGACAUUGUUCGUCAAGCUUACGCAAAUGCACUCGGUCUGUACGCACGUGUGCCGAUGAGUACGCAGAGAACCACACCUUACAACGGUUCGGAAGGUGGUGCCUCAAAUCCAACGUCUGGAUUUCAGUACGUAGUAGAUGAUGUCGUCAUUUACUCGACGCGCUAUCGUCGCACGUUUCAAUCGGCAAUGGCCUUACUGUUCGGUAUGCUUCCGCCCGAGAAAUGGCUCGCAAUGCAAAUACAGGAAAGUCACAGCUUGUCCUACUGCUUCGCGGACUGUGCCUGCCCACAGGCGGAAAAGUUGAAGAAACAGCUUGCUAACGAGAUGAACGGCCAUCUGGCAAAACAUCCGGCAAUUGGUGCGAUAGUUCAGUGGAUUGGUGCGGCCUUGCUGCAGAACCCGCAGGCGGCGGGACAACAGAUAAACCCACUGGAAAUACGUGAUGCACUGCUGGCCCAUAUCUGCCAUGGUGCCCCAUUGCCUUGCCGGAAGAUUCACAGCAAUGUGCAGACAGUGGACGGGCAUCGUUACGAUGGAUCUAGAGCUCCCGUCAGCUCAACGCAAGACCCGCUGGGGCUCGAUGUCAUCAACAUUGACUUGGACGAACCAACUCUCGGUGGUGGUGGUGGUGGUGGUGGUGGGGGGUCCGGUCCGGCUUCCAUCAACACGGAACAACCUGACGAUUCGGACACUACCGAGCAGGAACCGGAAAUUGAAGGAUGCGUCGAAAAGAGCCAUGUGCUCGCACUGAUGUCCUACAUUCACUGGGCCGGCAUGAAGGAACUGUACAGCCAAUCGAUGCGUCAACAGGGACUGCUGCGCUCAUACGGGCUGAUGCGGAACAUCGUUGCAUACAUGCUGCGGAUGAUCUCGGGAGAUCGGGUAAAGUUUGUGCUUUACUCUGGUCACGAUAAAACGAUCGAAUAUUUGAUUGCCUCGCUCGGUGUGCAGCUGGAGAAUCCAUUCAUACCGUACGCCUCUCGAAUGGCGUUCGAGGUGUACAAAAGUGAUAAGGAUACGCAAUACUACUUCCGUCUGGUUUACAAUGGUCGCGACGUCACCAACACGAUAGAUGUUUGUGAAAGUGGCAAAAGCUUAAACGUACCGAGAGGAAUACGCGGCGGUCGGGGUCACUUGUGUCCGAUCGAGAACAUUAUUCGAUUCAUUCACGAUGAUUAUUUUCUGUCCCUCAAUGCCACCAACUACAAGGAUGCUUGCCUGGCGCAGACAAAGCAGGAAGGAUUUUUCUAGAGGACUUGUGUCGCUUUAACAUUGAAAGGAGAGUAUACAAAACUGUGCAGUCGGUUUUUAUGUUUAAGUAAUAGCAAUGCGUUUGGUUGCAAACUGGAAGAUGAUUCUCUUCUUACCUGUGAUAACUUAGUAGUGUUAGUCAUUUUAAGUAAAAUAUUAUUCGAUUAAUUGUUAUUUUUUGCGUUGACAGUUAAAAUAUGUUAUGAAUUUUAGUUUUGCUUGCUCAAUAGGGUUAGUGAGAUAGGGAAUACAGAUUAUCUCAACGAAGAAAUAGUGACUCAAUGCCAUGGAAAACGAUACAUAUCAGUAACGGACGGACAGCAUCGUUCUUUAAAUGUUUUUAAUGUUAUAAAUGUUUAUAGAUAAGAUGUAUGAUGUUUACAGAUAGAUAUAAGCAGAAACCCAACAUUUGGAUCAAAAUAAACAAGCUUCCUUAAAAUGAAAAGAUACAAUUUGUUAACUUGCACAAAGCUGUAGAAUUUUCUUUAUUUUGUGGCUAUUAGGUUGCUCCUUACACACCUAGGACCCGUCUCUUUCAAAUACAAAGUGAUCUUAUUCUUCUUGGUUUAUUGUACCGUUGUUUUGGCCAUUCCGGCACCAUUAAGGCUUAGGUGACAUUUGGGCAAGUGUGCCACGUUAAGCAGUUGAUUGUAUAACUCACUUAAAUCUGUUAAAACAAAUGCAAAAACAC